AACGAGCUUCUAGAACGUCUGUUAAAUUAUGAAAAAGAAAACCCACAUCUGGUGAGUAGUCCAUACAACCUAUUGGAUAGUGGGAGCAAUAAAGAGAAUUCUGAUCACGGGACAAAUCUCGAAGCGUCAUCGUCGACGGAUGCACAAGGUAGCAAUCCGAACAACGUAGAAAUAAAUGUGGAGAAAUCUGAAAAGGAUAAUAAUCACAUAGGAGGAAGUAACGGAGGAAGCAACGGAGGAAGUGCCGAAGAAGAAAAUAUAAGUUACAAGUCUUCUUCAUCACCAUAUAUUGGAUCUCAAAAAAAAAAAAUUUUAUCAGUUAAUAACAGAGAAGAAGAUUUUAAGAAAACUGACUUAGGUAAAAUGAAAAAUUAUUUUAAAAAUAUUUUAAGUUCUAAUGCCAAUGAUGAGGCAUCCAAGUAUUACAAAAAUGAUGAAAAAGUGGAUGCAAAUAAAAACGUAAGUCAGAACAAUGAUGAGGAGAAGAAAACCAAGAUGGUCAUUCCGAAAAUUACCUUUUCGGAGAGUUCCCUGUCCACGAAGAACACCCUGCAGAAGAAUAUUCUUUCCCCCCCAGAAGAUAACCUUUACCUGACGGAGGAAAAAAAGAGAGAACUGCGAAAAAAGCGAUUCGGUGUCGUUUCCACGGAUGAUGUCCUGGAGUCCAGAGCCAAGAGAUUCUGCAUUGUGACGCAAAAAAUGGAGGAGGAGAACAAAAGGAAGAGAGCGGAGCGCUUCGGCCUGAACAAGAGUGAUAAACUGAAAGCCAGGGCCCUCAGAUUUGGCAUAAAAUAA